AUGGCUUCAUCAUCCUCAAAUCCAAUAACAAUCCCAUAUCAUCAAAUGAUCUCGAGCCCGGACGCAUUACAUGAUCGGAUAGUAGCUGGAUUAGGGUCCGAAUCAGGAUGUUUAGGUAUAGUUGUCAUUAGCGAUCUACCAGAUGAAUUCCCAAUACUUCGAGAAAAGAUGUUUCGUCUUUCGCAUAAAUUCGCUACUUUACCCGAAGAUGUGAAGGAACAAUUCGCAAAACCAGAUGUAUCCUAUUUAUUUGGUUGGUCACACGGAAAAGAGAUUAUGAACGGUAAACCGGAUAUUCAGAAGGGAUCAUAUUAUGCAAAUCCUCUAGUAGAUCACCCGGAUGUGACAGAUGCAGUCAGAUCUACACAUCCAGAAUAUUACGCUGGGAAUGUUUGGCCAAAUGGUGUCGAGGGCUUAGAGGAAUUUGAACCUACAUUCAAGGCAUUAGGUGAAAUCAUAUUCGACGCAGGUAUCGCUUUAGCCAAGGCAUGCGAGAAAUUUGUGUCACCAUCCAUUGCGAAUCCAUCAGGCACAAUAGCGUCUUUGAUCUCAUCUUCUAAAUGUAAUAAGGCUAGACUACUUCAUUAUUAUCCUGAAUCAUCUUCAGAUAGACCUGCUUCAGAUGAGGAUGAAACACAAAACGACGCUUUAUGUGGAACUCACUUAGACCACUCACUCCUCACCGGUUUAUGCUCGGCAAUGUAUCUAUCAGAUACUCAACCACCAGAAAUAGUCCCUCCACCAAAUGAUCGAACGGGGUUAUGGAUAUAUCCCAGAAACAGUAAAGAAGCCGUCAAAGUCUCAAUACCGGACAACUGUCUAGCUUUUCAGACUGGAGAAGCACUCUCCCUUCUCACAUCCAACAGAUUAUCGGCGACUCCUCAUUUCGUAAGUGGAUCUACGAAAAGUAAGAAUCCAGUAUCACGAGAGACAUUCGCUUUUUUCCUUCAACCUGAUGUGGAUGAUGUGAUAGGACCAGACGGAGAAACGUUUGGAAGUUUCACGAAAAGAGUGCUAGGAAGACAUUACGCUGAAAAGGCAGUUACGGAAGCUGAGGACUGA